UUCGUAAAGUGUUUCUGUCGGCUGUUUGCUUCAUUUGGAUUCAUCCAUGGUCUUUCUGGCAAAUCGGAGCCGAUGCAAAGCGGAAACACUCUUCCGAUGAUGGAGAUCAUCAACCAACCUCGCCAACAACCAACCAACGACCCAACCAACACGCAUACAAUAUACACACAAGCGUGAUCCAAUGUACUGUACUCAGUUGUACCAAUCUGGAGAUCCCAUCAAAAUCACACACUAGGUAAUCAGAUCAUUAGAUGAUGAACCAAUCUCUAUGCCUACUAGGUACCUAUCAAACACAUCAGACUUCCUCGUAUUACCAAGAUGUCCCAGCGACAAAAUUUUAUCCUUUUUCCCAUGGGAAACGGUUAUUGUUUUUGAUACGUCAUCUGAUUCAUUGGUCCAUCACGAUGAAAUCCAACAUUGAUCUUUCAGAUCUGCGGGGUAGUUUUAAUAAGACUUCUCAUCAGAUAGAUUAAAAGGCUUGCAUAGCUGUCCGGAAGCUUGGUCAUUCGUCGAAACUCAAUCCUUCACCGUCGAAUGAAGAUGACGGAAAAUCAUUCAGUGUCGGAUAAGCCCUCGUCUUCUAACAGGAACGGACAUUGCCGUCGCAAAAAAAAUCGCGGGGUCUCCACGAAUACAAUAUCCACCCUAUCAAGAUCCUCGUGUUGAUAGCUCAACAUGGAAAUUACUAGGUACUACCUACCUUCUUCUCUCCUCAUGGGUACGGAUGUGACGUUGUAAAGAUGGGGUUUCUUUUUCCGCAUUCAGGAAAUAAAAUGAAGAUGUUCUCGCAUUUUUUUCCUUUCUCAUUUCACAACGUGUCUGUACCUUGUGACACUUUGGAAUUGCAAGAGAAUUUGUGCCGCGCUGAGCCAAUCGCUAUCUGUUGAUUGAUGUAGUGGAGUCGAAAAGAGCAAUAGCACAACAGAAGACACAACUGAUCACCCCUCCGAAAAAGACGUUGAUUUUGCGUCCCAGGAAAUUCAACUUCUUUUGGUAUUGCAACACAUCAAGAUGGAUACUUUCGAAAAACCAGAAACUGCUCAACUCGAAGCUGCUCUAGAACCACCCUCGGCUCAAAAUGGUUAUCACAUUGAUGCUGCGAUAGAGAAGAGACUUGUGCGAAAAUUGGAUAAACACCUUAUUCCAUUGGUGUUAUUAUUGUAUCUUUUAUCAUAUCUUGAUCGAUCGAAUAUUGGAAAUGCUAAAACUGCGGGCAUGUCAAAAGACCUCGGAAUAUCAAGCAGCGAAUAUGAAUGGUUGUUGACAAUUUUCUACAUCGCAUACAUUGUAUUUGAAUGGUUUGCUUUGAUGUGGAAGGUUCUUCCCCCACAUGUAUGGGCUUGUUUCUGUGUAGUUGGAUGGGGUACCGUUGCCACUCUUCAAUCAGCCACCCAAUCAUGGUCUGGUAUGAUGGCUGCAAGGUUUUUCCUCGGAUUCUUCGAAGCCGGUUAUGGUCCCGGUAUUCCAUACCUUCUUUCUUUCUUCUAUCUACGUCACGAGAUCGGUAUACGAAUCGGAAUUUUCCUCAGUGCUGCGCCCUUGGCAACAUGCUUCGCAGGUGCAUUGGCAUAUGGUAUUACUAGUGGACAUGCCGCGAUUGCAAAUUGGCGUCUUCUAUUUUUGGUUGAAGGUUUACCAUGUGUAGCCGCUGGAAUCGUGACAUUUUUUGUCCUACCCGAUAGUCCAGAGAAAGCACGCUUCUUAAACGAGGAAGAAAGAGCGGUCGCUAAAGCACGAGGCGUAAGACAAGUAGGCGCAGAGGAAGAACAUCGUGUUGGAGGUGUCAAAUGGGCUGAUAUUGCUGCAGCUCUUGUGGAUCCAAAGAAUUGGCUUACAGCCUUGAUGUACUUCUCAUGCAAUGUAUCCUUUAGCUCCCUCCCCGUAUUCCUCCCCACUAUUCUUAACGAGAUGGGUUUUUCAUCCAUUAACGCCCAGGGUUUAUCCGCUCCCCCGUAUUUCCUCGCGUUCAUCGUCGUCAUCCUCUCAACCUACAUUGCUGAUCGCACUCAACAACGUGGUUUGGUAAUCAUGUUCCUCUCGGUUAUUGGUGCCAUCGGAUACAUCUUAUUGGCCACCACUUCCACAACCGGGCCCCGCUACACGGGUGUCUUCUUCGCCGCCGCAGGAAUCUUCCCCGCCAUCUCUAACAUCCUCCCUUGGGUUUUGAAUAAUCAAGGCUCAGACACCAAGCGUGGCACGGGAAUCGCACUCCUCAAUAUGGUGGGUCAAUGUGGUCCGCUUCUUGGAACGAGAAUGUAUCCCUCGGAAGAUGGUCCAUAUUACCGCAAGGGAAUGUGGGUGUGCACUGCGUUUAUGAUUUUCAAUGGUAUUUUGGCGCUGGCGUUGAGAAUAUUGUUGAAUUGGGAGAAUAAGAGAUUGGAUGAGAAGUAUGGGGUGGUGGGUAGGAGGGAUGCGAAGGGUAAUGUGGUGGGUGAGAAAGAGGCUGAGGAUAAGUUGGGGGAGAAGUCAUAUGCGGGUGGAGAGGCGGGAGAUGAGAAUGAUGGUCCUAGGUUUAGAUAUGUGUUGUGAUGUGGUGUUGGGAGGUGGGAAGUUGUGGGCGGAGGAAAUGCGGAGAUGGGGAAGAGGAAGCAAUGGGAGGUGGAGUGGAACGAAAUAAAAGCAAUCUCUGGUGAUGUAAAAAGAAUCACUUUGAUUCAAUUGGAUUGGAUUACUUACCCUACCUAUCUGAAUAUCUAUCCAAACAUCAUGACUCUAAAUGAAAAUACAUGAAGAAGAAAUAAGCUUCCAGCUAAAUAUCUUGGCCCGCUUGGCUUUCUCGGCGGAAUCGAUUGGAUGUGUUGGGUUGUGUUUUUUUGGUCAAGGCUGUUUGUUAGCCCACCAGCCGCAAUAGAUCUAGGUAGGUAUUGGUAGCUGGAGGUGGGAAUUGUGUAUUGUGUCUAGGUAUUGAUUGGGCAUUUUGGGGAUUGGGUAUUCAAAUAGAAGUUUAGGGAUUGAGUAUGUGUUUGAUGAUUGAAUUUAGGUAUGUAUGUAUGUAUGUAUGUAUGUAUGUAUGUAUGUAUGUAUGUAUGUAUGUAUGUAUGUAUGUAUGUUUAUGU